AUGCCCCAAAGUCUUUCUAGCAAUCAACUCACUGGUGCAAUUCCCACUGCAAUAGGCAACCUUUACUAUCUGCAAUACCUGUCACUUUCUGAAAACCGGCUCAGUGGCACAAUUCCUGCUACAAUCAGCAACCUUCCAGUGCUGAGUUAUCUUGGACUAUGCCGCAACUACCUCACAGGCCCCCUUGUGAAUCUCCCCCCAUUCUCCCAAGCGGACUUGACCGAUAACUACCUGUCGGGCUUCCAAGGAAACAUUCUCCCGCCAUUCACGGUGCUCACCAAGGGCACGCAGCAGGAGACGGUGGGGAAGUUCAUGGCGAAGCCAGUGACCCUCUUCAUGUACCCGCCUGGUGUGACCUCGGCAUGCGGCUUGGGGUUGGCCUUCCGAGUCAACUUCACCUUCGCUCUCAUGCCCCAGUCUGGUACUGCAAGUUCCAGCGGCUUUGCAUUUGUAAUCGCGGCGAAGCCCAAGGCAGGGAAACCUGGUGGUGUGGGGUAUAGUGGAGUGGGACCCAGGAGCAUAGCCGUGGUAUUUGACACGCUUCAGGAUGAUGCGGACGAGCAGCACGUGGGGCUGAGCAUCAAUGGUGCAGAGGAACCCUUCGUCAAGGAGGUGUCACCGUUCACUCUGACAGACGGCGACUCAUACAAGGCAUGGGUGGACUAUGAGCCUGGGGAUCCCGGCACCAUUCUAGUGUUCCUGUCGAAUUCAAAGACGAAGCCAGAGGAGCCGCUGCUGCAGGGGAAGGUGUCGCUGUGUGCGGUGCUGCAGCCCGGAGUGAAGCAGCCGGCGUUCUCGUUUGGCUUUGUGGCGUCCACCACUGCAAAGCCCUUCCAGCUGCACGGCAUUCUCUUCUCAUCUGUGCAAACAGGCAAGGCUAUUUUGAGGCAACACUCUAUGGCUUUUGUGCUUCUCUUUCUUAUGUCUAUCUCGACAGUUGCUCCUUCACCCAAGGCAGCCCAGGUUAAUGAGAAAGCCCUCGGCCUCUCGUUGUCAGAGGUCACAUUUGCACCGACUCGAGCCAGUCCCUUUUCGCGCUAUGUGAGUGCGGACUUCAAGCUGUCGGCCACCAGAGUGGACUCGUGGAGCAUUCGUGAUUUCCACACGUGGGACUCCGUGCCCUUCCUCAACUGGCCUGUCAAGAACCAAAACGACUGCAGUGAGUGUGGAAAGAACCGGGAGUUUAUAUAUGCGUGCUGGGCAUAUGCGGUGGUGGCGAGUGUGGAGGCAGCAUACGGCAUUGCAAAGCAGCAGAGCGCUCCCCAGCUGUCAGUGGAGGCGCUCUUCACCCUCAUGGGGCUUUCCGACUCCGACAAGUGCUCUGCUGGCGGCUCCCCCACCCAGGCCUUUGAGAAGCUCACAGCUCUCGAUGCCACCAGUGGGCUCACAGGGGCCAGCGACCCGGCAACAACGUACCCAGUACAGGCGUUUGAGCGAGCGCAGUUCAAGGGUUAUGUGGGGCUCAUGCUGGCAGUGCAGCGGCAGCCAGUGGUGGUUCACAUCGAGGCGUCUCCAACCUUCAUGCAGUAUGAUGGGGAUCCUGGUUGCUACACAGGCAGUCUCAACCAUGUUGUACUCGUUAUUGGCUACUUCAUCACAAGAAACGACGGCAGCCAGAACCGGAUUGCGCCUCCGUUUUGGAUCAUCCGCAACUCGUGGGGAGAGGAGUGGGGCCAAAGGGGACAUAUGCGCAUGGACAUUCAGGGAGGGGAUGGCGUGUGUGGCAUCAACGUGCUGCCUGGCAUCUACCCCAUCGUCAAGAGUAAGGCAUCGACCAUCAAGCCAUAUCUACUCUGUCACGGGUGA